AUGACAUCUUUCCGAACUUCAACCUACAUAAUUUUAUGGUUCCUGGCCAAUUCCACGUACUACCACAUGUUUUUCAUGGGUUAUCCUCUCAGCGAAGUUCGUUCCGGAGUUCCUGCCAUGGGGAUUCUAAUCAAUAUUCCUAUAAUGAUUCUCAUGAUGGCAAAUACCCGUUGGUCUCUUUCUAAAGCUCGAAACCUCGGAUUCUACUACACAGUUUUCAUGCUUUUUGUCUUCCUUUUUGCCGGUCUGUUGCUUGCAGUUCGGGAUCCAACUCGUUAUAUUUGCGACAACGGUCCAGAAAUCUGUGGAAAACACAAUGCUCGUUCCACAUUAUUGUCUUUUAUUAAAGGACUCGAGAUGUUUUUAGUUUACGGCGGACUCAUCUUCUUGGAAAUUCUUCGUUGUCAAAUCAUCUCUGCCCAACUUCAAGACAUUAUUCAAAAGGAAUUAUUUGGGUAUGAUGGGGAGAACGAAGACGAAGGCAGCUGGAUUUAA